AUGACUAAAUUACGUAAAACAACUUCUUCUUUACACAUUAACAACGCAAGAAUUGCCGGACUUUAUGAUUUAGAACACACAAUUGGGAAGGGACAUUUUGCUGUUGUUAAACUUGCGAGGCAUGUAUUUACUGGAGAAAAGGUUGCCGCAAAAGUUAUUGAUAAAACAAGGCUAGAUCCCGUUUCUACUUCACAUAUGAUGCAGGAGGUCAGAUGUAUGAAAUUAGUUCAGCACCCUAAUGUUGUACGUCUUUAUGAAGUUAUUGACACUCAAACAAAAUUAUUUUUAAUUUUGGAACUUGGCGACUAUGAUAUGUAUGAAUGGGUAAUGAGAAGAGGUUAUGAUAAAGGGGGAUGUAAAGAAUCUGAUGCUCAACUUUAUUUUUCUCAAAUAAUUCAAGCCAUUAAUUAUUGCCAUAAAUUACACGUUGUACAUAGAGAUUUGAAGCCUGAGAAUGUUGUCUUCUUUGAAAGGCUAGGAAUGGUAAAACUAACAGAUUUUGGUUUUUCGAAUUUGUUUACGCCUGGACAACAAUUACAAACAUCUUGUGGAAGUUUAGCAUAUUCUGCCCCUGAAAUUUUACUUGGCGAUUGUUAUGAUGCUCCUGCUGUUGAUGUUUGGUCUUUGGGUGUUAUUUUAUAUAUGUUGGUUUGUGGCAGACUUCCCUUUCAAGAAUCAAAUGAUUCUGAAACACUUACAAGAAUAUUAGAUUGUAAAUUCUCUUUUCCUGAACAUGUUAGCGUUGAAUGUAAAAAUCUUGUUUCCUCAAUGCUCGUUCGUGAUCCUUCAAAACGCGCUUCACUUUCUGAAAUUUGUCAAAAUAAAUGGGUUCGUGCUGGUGAUCGUGGACAUGCAGAAGCACUUCCUUUAAUUGUAAAGGAUAAUUUACCUUUAUGUGCUCACACGACAAUAAUUGAACAAAUGGUGGCUGGACAAAUUGGGACAGAAGAAGAGAUUGUUAGUGCCAUCGAACGUAAUGAUUACAACCACCUAACUGCAACUUACUAUUUACUUGCUGAACGUGUUUUGUAUUGUUAUAGGCAGGCUGAAGCAAAUCGUUUAAUGGCUGCAGCAGCGAGGGAAUUUUCUUCUGUUGAUGAAAAUUCACCAGACGAUAUUAAUCAAAAUUCUACAAUUCCUGGCACUUCAACGGCCUCUUCUACACGUAGUCGGAGUAGAAGUAAUUCAUGGCGUGGUCCAGCACCUAGACGUGCCUAUUCAAUUUUGAAAGAGGAAAGUGAAGAAGAACUUUCAUCCUAUCUAAAAUCAUCGUCAAGGCAGUCGUCAAGAUUUUACAACAUUCCUUCUACUGGAGCUAAGUCAUCGAGAGAGAACGCUUCUUCACGUGCCAGUUAUAUAGCAAUGAGUAGAGCAAAUAGCAAUGAUUCUUUUACUCCUAUUGGUUCGUCUGCCAUUUUAGAAGAUGAAAUAGAAUCUGAGGAAAUGGAUGAAGGAAUGAGUAAAACAAUAAAUGCAUCUGAAGAGGAAAAUGAAGGAAAUGAGAGGAAAGAAAGUGAUAGACUAGCAACUUUUACAAUAGAACAGCUACAACAAAAUCAACAGACAGGGACGAGUGGAGGAAAUAGUAUUGCUUCUACAUCUGUCUUCGAACCAUCAAUUACCUCUACUCCAAUCUUAUUUCAAAGAUUAUUGGCACCUAUACAUGAAAAUAAUAGAGAUCAAUCACCUGAUAUAGUUAUUCAAAGAUUACGGCAUAAAAAUAGUAAUGGUCAGUCAAUGUUUGAUGGCCAAAGUGAUGAAGAAAUGGGAGGACCGGGAGGAAGUGCUUCUUUUUAUUUACCCAGACAAACAAGGCAAAGGACAACAAGUUCACAUUCUGUUGGAGGUAGAAUAAUGAGUGGAAGUGGUAGUAAUCAACAACAACAACUUCCACCUCUUCCAAGUUCUCCUGAACAUCAAAAUGUUGGUGGUGGUAGUAAAUUUAGAAUAGGCUCUGUUGGAAGUAGAAAUUCUUCUACCUCAUCUUUUGUUGGUGGUGGAAAUAACAGAAUUAACAACAACAAUAUAUCAUCCUCUUCUUAUACCUCUAAUCGUCCAUUACGUAAUGCAACUAGCCUUGAAUUAUUCCCUACACAAAAUUCUUUUUUAUCGACACAACAAAAUGGAGAUUCCAACCUUAAUAAAACAAAUAUUUCCUUUUCUCGUCGUUGUUUACCAGCAACAAGUCCCCCUACUCCAAACCCUUCAUUAAAUAAUAAUAAUACAAAUUAUUAUUCUACUCUUUGGGGAGCUCCUGCAAAUUUGGAAAGACAUGCAAAUUUUCCGAAUUUAAAUACUUUGCCGUCAUCAUCUAAUUUGUUAAAACAACAACGUAAAUCCUCUUCAACAACGGGUUCCUCACUUUUGAGAAGAAAUUCUUCUCCAUCUGUUGCAUUACUUCGAACAACUAGUUUAACUUCAUCACGUGACCGAAUCAGUCCACAUGCCAUUCAAGAACUUUUAGAGCUUUCUCGUUUGUCUGGCAGAAUGCGUCGUACAGCAAGUCCCGAUGGGGCUAGUAGUAGCCAUUUAUCUAGUAGAAGUGCUAGUCCUUCUUGUAUGUCUAGUGGAAGAGUCUCGCCUCUCUAUUCGUCAUCACCGGGUGGUGGACUUGUAAUGCGUAUCUUAAAAAGUGGCACUCCCUCAGGCAGCUUAUUAUCUUCGGGUGGUGGAAUGCGAAAACUGAGUAGUAGUCCACAUUUAUUGGGUAUUUGUGAGGAAAUCGAAGAAUGUGAUUUUUCUCUAGAAUCAACCCAAAACACUUGUGACGGUGUAGAUGGCUUAGAUCCAGAUUGUUUAACAAGUGGUCGUCGUUCAGUAACCUCAAUUGACCAGCCUUUUUGGAAAAACCCUCCAUUAAUUUCAAGGAGUGCUAGAAGUGCUUCUAUGGGGUUAACAAGUAUGGGAAGAUUGUCUUUAGGUGGUGGAACGAAUAAAAAGAUUGUAGCAAAUUUAACUAAGGCAACAAAUCAAACAUCAUAA